AUGCCACAAGCUACAGCAAAUUGGAGUGCAACAGUUGGUAACCGAUUGAUAUUCGAACAUCAACAACUACAUAAUGAGGCACAACAGACAGAUGUGCAAAUUACUAUUGAUCGCCUCAAUAAUGGACAACGAACUGCUUAUAACGCAAUCACUUCUUCAGUCUUUGAAAGUAAAGGGAGUAUUUUCUUUUUGAAUGGCGGUGCCGGAACGGGGAAAACAUUUUUGUACAAUACGAUUGCAUUAAAAUGUCGUAGCCUUGGCUAUAUUGUUGUUACCGUGGCUUCAUCUGGAAUUGCAUCAUUGCUAUUAGUAGGAGGUCGCACUGCACAUUCAACAUUUUCCAUUCCAUUGGAUGUCUUGGAAAAUUCAAUUUGUACAUCAACUCCAUCAUUCUUAACGGAGCGUACAAUUCUUUCUGCACGAAAUGAUGAUGUCAGUGCUAUCAAUAUUUUUCCAGGGAAUAUAUAUACGUAUCUUGCUGCAGAUAAGAUGGCUGAAGAUGAUGAAAUUGAUCCUUCUAUUACAAACAGAUAUCCUAAUGAGUUUUUAAAUUCAUUGGAUCCUCCUGGCCUACCAGUUUUUAAGAUAGAGUUGAAAGUGGGUUGUCCUAUAAUGUUAUUAAGAAACAUUGCACCGAAAGAUGGACUGUGUAAUGGCACAAGAUUGAUGGCAUCAAGGUGCGACACUCGCAUAAUUGAAGCUCGAAUCUUAACUGGAGAGAAGUUUGGCAAUUUGGCAUUUAUACCAAGGAUAUCAUUGACUCCGUCUUCUGCAGAAAUACCUUUCCGAAUGACAAGACGUCAAUUUCCAAUUCGAUUGGCAUACGCUUUGACUAUUAACAAAUCUUAA